AUGGGAGGUGGACUCAAAGGGUGUCGAUUCUGCUCCAGGUUUGCUUUCUGGGCUGUGUGGUUGAGUAUAUUUUGGGUGUUUGGAUGCACAACAACAACAUCAAAACCAAGGCUUCUGACUUCUCCCCAUCUCCUCUCAAACCCACCACAAAGGACCAGAGUUGAGAGAGCAAGAAAGGAUCUGACUUGUAAUGCUUGGUUCGGUCUUGGAGUGCCUGAGCUGGUUGUUAUUGCUGGAGAUGCAGCUCUGGUUUUUGGGCCCAAGAAGUUGCCUGAAGUAGGAAAGAGUAUUGGCAAGACUGUCAAGAGCUUCCAACAGGAUGCUCCUCUAAUUGAACAAUCUCCAGCUCUCCCCAAAUCAUCAACCGCAUCUCAUCAACCAAGAAGGUUAUAAGUUUUAUCUUGGAAUUCUUGGACUUUUUUGUGUACAGAGAAUUAUGGAAGAACAACCGCAUUUUUUGCAAGUGUUGAAGGAUAUUUUUAAACACUUUGGAAUUUUAAUUAUAGUAUUAGAUUAAUUUUAGCGGUUGUUUUAUUUAAAUGACCACAUCUUUUUUUUGUUAAUUUUAAAAUGGUGAUUAUAGACAAUGUUAUGUAUUUGAUAAUAUAUUUCUUUGUUAAUAUUACGUUAGUUUCAAGACA